CAUAUGAUUUUUCACUGUACGUGAUUUGUUGAGCGUAAAGGUGUGGAACCAACACCACUGGGCCUGUACUGUAGCAACCUCCUGCCGACGCUUCCGGUAGCAACGCGUGAUCCGAUCUGGCCUUCGCAACACCGCCUAACGAGCGCCGGAAGUUCCAGCAAUUCGCCACUUCCGUUCCUCCCGGCUGUGCAAUAGGAGAGAGCGGAGCAGCCCCGGAAGUGACGAACUCAGUGUCUGCUCCCUUCCGGUUCCGUCCUCGUGAGAGUUUUGUUGAGACAUGAAGCUGCUUACCCACAAUUUCCUGAGCUCGCACGUGAAAGGGGUGGGACCCCGUGGAUUCCCCCUGCGCCUGCAGGCCUCCGAGGUCCGCAUCAUGCCUGUGGAGUUCAACCCUGAAUUUGUGGCGCGUAUGAUACCCAAGGUGGAGUGGGCGGCUCUUCUGGAGGCGGCCAAUACCUUGUGUCUGGGCGAGGUGCCCACAGAGCCGACUCAGGGGUAUGAGCAAGAUGAGACGUUUCUGAGGCAGAUGCACCACAUACUGCUGGAGGUGGAGGUGAUGGAGGGCACCCUGCAGUGCCCAGAAUCUGGACGUGUGUUCCCCAUCACCCGCGGGAUCCCAAACAUGCUACUGAGUGAUGAGGAAACCGCGGCGUAAUCAUGCCAGGCAUCAGUUUUUCAUACUGUGACCGUGUGUAUCUUUGUUUAUGUAUAUUCCUGUUUGUUAAUUUUGUAAAGUGUAUCCCCAGCUUUGACCCAGUGACACACCACACAGUGUUCUUGAGCUCGAUAUAUUUUUUUUCUCAUUAAAGGUUCAAAACCAAAA